GCUCUCUUGCUCGCUCACUUACUCACUCACAAACUGAAGCUCAAUUGCGCUCAAAUUAACUUACUAAAGCGCAAAAAAAACGGUUGGCCAAAGAGUGUUGGGCGCAACGGCAUAGUAGUGGGUGUAGACGUGGGUACUGGCAGUGGGCAGCCAUGACAAUCAUACUCUUCCUGGUGGACACCUCGUCGUCCAUGUGCCAGAAGGCGUAUGUGAAUGGUGUGCAAAAGACAUAUUUGGACAUAGCCAAAGGUGCCGUCGAGACGUUCCUCAAAUAUCGUCAACGCACUCAGGAUUGUCUAGGUGAUCGUUAUAUGCUGCUCACAUUCGAGGAACCGCCGGCAAAUGUGAAAGCCGGCUGGAAGGAGAAUCAUGCCACAUUCAUGAACGAGCUGAAAAAUCUACAAAGUCACGGUCUCACCUCAAUGGGUGAAUCACUGCGCAAUGCCUUCGAUUUGCUCAAUUUGAAUCGGAUGCAAUCGGGCAUCGAUACCUAUGGCCAGGGCCGUUGUCCUUUCUAUUUGGAGCCAUCGGUUAUUAUCGUGAUCACUGAUGGCGGACGCUAUUCGUAUCGCAAUGGUGUCCAUCAGGAAAUCAUAUUGCCGCUCAGCAAUCAAAUACCAGGCACCAAAUUCACUAAAGAGCCAUUCCGCUGGGAUCAGCGUCUGUUCUCGCUCGUCCUCCGCAUGCCGGGCAACAAAAUUGAUGAGCGUGUCGAUGGCAAGGUGCCACACGAUGAUUCACCCAUUGAGCGAAUGUGCGAGGUAACUGGCGGUCGGUCAUAUCGUGUGCGCAGCCAUUACGUGCUCAAUCAGUGCAUUGAGAGCCUGGUGCAGAAGGUGCAGCCGGGUGUUGUAUUGCAGUUCGAGCCAAUGCUGCCCAAGGAGUCGACACCAGCAGCGGCAACAACAACAGCAGCAGCGGCAACAGCAACAGCAGUAGCAGCAGCAAUAACAACAACAGCAACACCAACCCCGGAUAUAGUCUUUCAGCCGAUCAAAAAGAUGAUCUAUGUGCAGAAGCACAUUACGCAAAAGACUUUUCCCAUUGGCUAUUGGCCGUUGCCGGAGCCCUAUUGGCCCGACUCAAAGGCAAUCACCUUGCCGCCACGUGAUGCACAUCCCAAGUUGAAAAUACUUACGCCCGCCGUCGAUGAGCCGCAGCUGGUGCGCAGUUUUCCUGUGGAUAAAUAUGAAAUCGAAGGAUGCCCGCUGACGCUGCAGAUACUCAAUAAGCGGGAGAUGAACAAAUGCUGGCAGGUGAUCGUCACCAAUGGCAUGCACGGGUUUGAGCUACCGUUUGGCUACUUGAAGGCGUCGCCAAAUUUCAGCCAAGUGCAUCUGUACGUGCUGGCGUACAACUAUCCGGCAUUGCUGCCACUGCUGCAUGACCUCAUACACAAGUACAACAUGAGUCCGCCAAAUGAUCUCAUGUAUAAAUUUAAUGCCUAUGUCCGGUCUAUACCGCCCUAUUACUGCCCGUUUCUACGUAAAGCUUUGGUCAACAUCAAUGUGCCGUAUCAGUUACUGCAGUUCCUGUUGCCGGAGAAUGUGGACAACUACUUGUCGCCGACGAUAGCGAACCAAUUGAAGCACAUCAAAAACACAGCCAAGCAGGAUCAGGAGAAUCUUUGUUUAAAGGUGUACAAACAGUUAAAGCAACCAAAGCCACCCUAUCGCCAAGUGGAAACGGCCAAGCUGUGUACGGGUGCGGCACUGCGUCGAGACUUGGUGCGCCAUCCGCUGUUGCGUGAUACGUUUGCCAAGCUCCACUCGGAGAUUGAGCCCGUGGAGAACUAUACGAUUGUGGUGCCGCAGCUGACGCAUCAAUCGUCCGCAAAGACGUAUCGCAAUCCAUUCGAUAUACCCAGGCGAGAUCUGGUGGAUGAGAUAGCGCGCAUGCGCGAAACGUUUAUGCGACCCGCCAGCCUGGUGGCCAAGGAUUCGGGCCAUUGUUUGCCCAUUGCCGAAAUGGGCAACUAUCAGGAGUAUCUCAAGAACAAGGAUAACCCGCUGCGGGAAAUUGAGCCGACGAAUGUGCGCCAGCACAUGUUCGGCAAUCCGUACAAAAAGGACAAGCAUAUGGUCAUGGUGGAUGAGGCCGAUCUCAGCGAUGUGGCACCCAUGAAGGCCAACAACAAUUCGAAUGGCGGCAACGGCGGCAACUCGCCCUCAGCCGGCGGCAGCGGCGGCAGCUCUGGUGGCAUGGGUCCAGUUGGCGGCGGCGGCAUGUCCGGCUUGAUGCUGGGCGGCGGCGGCGGCAAUGGAUUGGGCGGCCCCAUGGGCCCCAUCUCUAAGAAGCUAGAGAGUACAUCACGUGGACGCAAGCGCAAAGCGGGUCCAUUGCCGCGUGCCUAUGAAUUUCGCCGCAUGUCCGUGGACUCGUUGCGCAGCGCCAGUUCCAGUCCCAGCUCGACAGCUGGCGGCUCGGCUAGCAGCAGCGUGUCGGAGCUGCAGCUCGAUGAGGACAGCAACAGCAGUUAUGCCUCCGAGGCGUCCAACAGUAGCAUCGGCAUCGGCAAUAACAGUAGCAACAGCAACAGCAGCAGCAGCAUCAGCAGCAGCAGCAGCAACAGCAUCAGCAUUGCCAGCGCCAGCAGCGAUUCCGGCAUGUCGCUUGGCCCGCAUACGCCGGAACGCAUGAGCUUUGAUUUCAGUGAGGAGGAAGUUAGCGACCAGGAGACGCCACUCAAUGGCUACGUGCACAACUUUAUCAACGGCAUCAGCGAUGAAGAGCGCGCCAAUGAAGCGGACAAUAACCCCAGCACCAGCAGCAGCAGCAGCGGCAGCAACAGCAAUGUUAACAGCAGCAGCAUCAGCAACAGCAGUGUGAUUACAAGCACUAGCAGCAGCAGCAGCAGCAGCGUGAUUGUUUGCCCUAACAGCAACAUAGCGGCAGCAGCUGUGCCAGAUGCGAUGCCGCCAACGGCCAGCAGCAGCAGCAGCAACAGCAGCAGCAGCAGCAGCAAUAGCAUAUCAGCAAUUGCAGCAGCAGUAACUACCAGCAGCAACGCAACAACAACAACAUCAACGACAACAGCAACAACAUACUUUAGUCAUAAUGAUAUCAAUGAUGCCUCCGAGAUCUCGCGCAUAUUGCAAACCUGCCACAAUGGCAACAGCAGCAGCACAAUCAACAGCAGCAACAACAACACCAGCACCAGCAGCAACAACAGCAACAACGGCAACAGUAGCAGUAGCAAUAAUUACCUGGUAAACGGCUAUCGCAUUGAUAUGGAUCCCAUAUCGUGGAAUUGUUUUGAUGCCUUGAAGCGCACAACCGGCGGUAGCGGCAGUGGCAGCAGCAGCAGCAUAACAACUCCCAGCUGGGGCAGCUGGGGUAGCGGCUUGACCAACAAUAACAACACUAUCAACACCAAUAGUAGCGGCGGCAAUAACAACAGCAGCAGCAGCAGCAGCACUAACAACAGCAACAGCAACAACAACACAAAUCAUAGUCGAGCUUACAACAAUAGUAGCCCCAAGCUGGAACCCAAAGCAUCGCCGACGCAUGCAAGCAGCAAUAACAACAACAACAACACAGUCAGCAGCAGCACCACCAACAGCAACAACAAUAGCAGCAGCAAUGGCAGCAGCAACUGCAACAACGACAACGGCGACAUCCUCAAUUCACCGGAAUGCAUCCUGAGCGAAGAUCAGCGCGAAGCAGCACGCAAACAUAAUAUCGAUUUGCGUUUGCAAGUCUUUCGUGAUAUACGACGACCCGGUCGGGACUAUAGCCAGCUGUUGGAGCAUUUGAAUAUGAUGAAGGGCGACCAGGAGAUGAAAUCCGACUUUAUAGAUAUGUGCAUCAGCGAAUCGAUGCGCUUCCGGCGCCACCAAAUGGUCAACAGCAUUCAGGAGUGGUGGGAGCGCAAUCAGCAACAGCUUGAGGUAACAAAGAGUUAACGUUGGCUGCUCUGGAACUGAGCGUGCAACACCAGCUGCGGCAGCAGCAGCAGCAGCAACAACAAAAACAACAACUUGCAACAACAUACAACUUGUCUGUGAUGUCA